AUGAGCAUCACUGUCGGGGUUCUCGCCUUACAGGGCGCAUUCUACGAGCAUAUACAGCUGCUGAAACAGGCAGCAGCUAACCCAGCGACAGAGAGCGACACCCCGCCGCAAUGGGAAUUCAUUGAAGUUCGAACCACGCAAGAGUUAGAGAGAUGCGAUGCGCUUAUCUUGCCCGGUGGCGAGAGCACCACUAUCUCUCUUGUCGCGGCUAGGUCAAAUCUUUUGGAGCCACUGAGAGAUUUUGUCAAGGUUCAUCGCAGACCAACUUGGGGAACCUGUGCCGGACUGAUCUUGCUCGCGGAAUCUGCCAACCGAACGAAGAAGGGCGGCCAAGAGCUUAUCGGUGGUUUAGAUGUGCGCGUAAAUAGAAACCACUUUGGCCGCCAAACCGAGAGUUUCCAAGCGCCAUUGAACCUACCGUUUUUGAGCUCUCCUGAUCAAGACCCACCUUCUUUCCCAGCUGUCUUCAUUCGGGCACCUGUUGUGGAGAGAAUAUUGCCGCACGAAGAGGGUAUCCAAACAAGUGAGCUUCAGAGGGACGAGACCGUCGUAGCACCUUCGAAGCACGCAAAGGACCAAGCGGCCCGUGAUGCGAUGGCAACAGAGGUCGAAGUGCUAGCAACCCUUCCAGGCAGAGCCGCUAAGUUGGCCAGCGACGGGAGGAACAUAGACGCGGACAAAGAAGCUGGUGACAUUAUUGCCGUCAGACAGGGAAAUGUCUUUGGCACAAGCUUCCAUCCGGAGCUGACAGGCGAUGCCAGGAUACACUCAUGGUGGUUGCGCCAGGUGGAGCAGUCCGUGAAGAGGAGACAAAAGAUAGAGCAACGCUAA